GUCGGUGCCCAUUGGUCACCCCGGCGCUGUCCAGGGCCGUGGGGGAGACACUCUGUGGCCUCCGACCGCGGGAUCCGCCUGGGGUCGGUUGAUUCGCGCGUCUGUGGGUCGCUGAGUCCUGUGGCCAGCAGCUUCGCCCUCGUCAUGGCGCCACUGCUGCAACUGCUGUGGCUGCUGGCCCUGCUCCGGACCGUGGCCCUGGUCCCGGUCUCCGCCAAACCCCGGGCAGACGACGAGCAGGCCUGGGAUCUGUCGUACCCGGAGCUGCUGGCGCCCGCCCGCUUCGCGCUGGAUAUGUACAAUUACGGUCGUGCUGCCGGGAUGAGGGCCGUGCUGGGGACUGUUCGCGGGCGCGGCCGCCGGGUGGGUCGGGGCUCUCUGUUCUCCCUGGAAGCCACAAUGGAGGAGCCACCUUGCGAUGAUCCUCUGGUGUGCCUGCUCCCUGUGACCAAUAAAACUUUGCUCUGCAGCUUUCAAGUCCUGGAUGAGCUAGGAAAACACGUGCUGCUGAGGAGAGACUGUGGCCCAGUGAAUGCGAAGGUUCCAGGUGCUGGUAUAGCUAAAGGAGAUUGGGAUCCCAGACCAUACUUGCCUCAGAAUACAGCCUUGAUUGCAUCUCUGUUCCAACCCAUUCCAGAGUAUGGAAAUGAGACUUUCAGUUCAUUCCUUCCGAUGCUGAACAAGGACCCCUUGCCUCAGGACUUUUCUGUAAAGAUGGCUACAGUCUUCAAGGACUUCAUGGCUACCUAUAACCGGACUUAUGAAACAAAGGAAGAAGCCCAGUGGCGCUUGACUGUCUUUACCAGAAACAUGGUACGAGUACAGAAGAUACAGGCCCUGGACCGUGGCACAGCUCAGUAUGGGAUCACCAAGUUCAGUGACCUCACAGAGGAGGAGUUCUACACCAUCUACCUGAACCCCCUUUUACGGAAUGGUUCUCGCAAGAAGAUGAGGCCAGCCAAGUCCAUAAAUGCUCGUGCCCCGCCCGAAUGGGACUGGAGGAAGAAAGGGGCUGUCACCGAAGUGAAGGACCAGGGCAUGUGUGGUUCCUGCUGGGCCUUCUCUGUCACAGGCAAUGUGGAGGGCCAGUGGUUCCUGAACCGGGGGACUCUGCUCUCCCUGUCAGAGCAGGAGCUCUUGGAUUGUGACAAGAUGGACAAGGCCUGCUUGGGUGGAUUGCCCUCCAAUGCCUACACAGCCAUAAAGAAUUUGGGAGGGCUGGAGACAGAGGAUGACUACAGCUACCAGGGCCAUGUUCAGGCCUGCAGCUUCUCAGCACAGAGAGCCAAAGUCUACAUCAAUGAUUCAGUGGAGCUGAGCAAGAAUGAGAACAAGAUGGCAGCCUGGCUGGCCCAGAAAGGACCCAUCUCAGUUGCCAUCAACGCCUUUGGCAUGCAGUUCUAUCGCCAUGGGAUCGCCCGGCCUCUCCGGCCCCUCUGCAGCCCUUGGCUCAUUGACCAUGCUGUGUUGCUGGUGGGCUAUGGCAACCGCUCCAAGACUCCUUACUGGGCCAUCAAGAACAGCUGGGGUAGUAACUGGGGUGAGGAGGGUUACUACUACUUGUAUCGUGGGUCUGGAGCCUGUGGUGUGAACACCAUGGCCAGCUCGGCAGUGGUGAACUGAGGGACUUGCUGGCACAGGACCUGAUGCUGACCACAGUGGCCCCUUCCUUAGCCUGACUCAUGCCCAGGCCCCUCAGGAGGCCCAGCUGGCUGAGGGACAAGCACUUGGUGUACCUCAGGGUGAGCAGUGGGCCCUGAUCCCCUUCUUCCCUCUCUCCCUCCCUCCCUCUCAUGCCCACCUGAAGUUUCUCAGCUGCCUCUUUGUUGAAUUGUGGUAGCUAAGAGGAUCCUGAGGUGAAGGAGGCUUUCAUGGAAGCCAGUGCUGGGGCACGAACCCCAGGCUCGGGUAAGGUGCAGAAUGAAAAUACUCUGAUCACAAAUCUGACUUUGUCCUCAGCAGGCUCUGGCUUUCUGCCUUGGUUUUCCUCUGUCUGAGGCUGUAAACUUUUGGUCCCCUUCCACAUCCAGGAAACUUGUAACCAAUCUUCUCUAAGAGCAAUAAAGAGGUACCCUGC